AUUUGUUUGUUUGUGCUGUGUGCAUGAGCUAAAGACAACAUCAAAUCCAGAUAUGGACCCUGCAUCCUCCCCCUUCUCGGGGAAUUUUUUUAUCUUUCUUUUUUUAUUGCAUUUACUUACAUACAAAAGCAAACAAUGUCUUUUUUCCAGUCUCCGCCGUUUUAUAAACUUAUUUUAAGUGGGAAACUUUAUUUUGAAAGCGCAACCCGGAUGUUGAUAAAUAACAGACACGAUUGUUAGCGGAAGCAGUACGCAACAGAACCAAAUAGUUUAAACCCUUUAUCCCUUCCUUUAAAUAUUGUGAGAUGUUUUACAGCAGCAAAGUAUUUUGUUUGUAGAAAGUAAAUGGAGAAAAUGUUUUGGGUGUCUUUUAUUUUUUUCUUCCUAUAUUUUGGUCAAAGUUUCUGCCAAAAUGUUUCCAGACCAAACAUCGUGAUGGUAAUGAGUGAUGCCUUUGAUGGUCGACUGUCCUUUGAUCCUGGAAGCAAAGUAGUAGAGCUGCCAUACAUAAACUACCUCAGACAGUUGGGCUCCACCUUUCUGAAUGCUUACACCAACUCACCCAUCUGCUGCCCUUCCAGAGCAGCCAUGUGGAGCGGUCAGUUUGUUCACCUCACUCAGUCAUGGAACAACUAUAAAUGUUUAGAGGCUAAUGCAACCACGUGGAUGGAUUUGCUAGAAAAGAAUGGAUAUCUCACCAAAAUGAUGGGAAAGUUGGACUUUACCUCAGGGAGUCACUCUGUCAGUAACCGCGUUGAGGCAUGGACACGAGAUGUUCCGUUCCUGUUGGCCCAAGAGGGUCGGCCUGUUUCUCAGCUUGUAGGGAACAUGUCGACUGUAAAGAUAAUGAAGAAGGACUGGCAAAACACAGAUCAAGCGUCACUGUGGAUCCGUCAGAGAGCUGCGUUCUCAAAUCAGCCUUUUGCUCUUUAUCUUGGCCUCAAUUUACCUCACCCAUAUAAAACUGAAUCCCUGGGACCUUCUGCUGGAGGAUCCACCUUCCGUAGCUCACCAUACUGGCUCUCAAAGGUGUCACAUGAGCUUGUCUCUGUGCCUAAAUGGCUGCCAAUGGCUGCCAUGCACCCUGUCGAUUACUACUCAACCUUCACCAAAAAUUGCAGCGGAGAUUUCACUGAGGAGGAAAUCAAAAGCAUCCGGGCCUUCUACUAUGCCAUGUGUGCAGAAGCAGACGCCAUGCUGGGGCAGGUGAUUUCAGCCCUCAGAGAGACCAAGCUGCUUAGCAACACAGUUGUAAUCUUCACAGCUGACCACGGAGAGCUCGCUAUGGAACACAGGCAGUUCUACAAGAUGUCGAUGUACGAAGGCAGUUCCCACGUUCCUUUGCUCAUCAUGGGGCCUGGGUUGAUGUCGGGCCUGCAGGUCAACCAGCCUGUCUCUUUAGUUGACCUCUAUCCCACUGUUCUUGAAAUUGCUGCUAUAUCAGCUGUAAGCAAUCUGAGUGGCUACUCCCUUCUUCCUUUUAUAUCCAAGUCCACUAGUUUUUCAAAGAAGCAGCAUCCAGGCUGGGUUUUAAGUGAAUACCAUGGUUGUAACGCCAACGCUUCUACAUUCAUGCUUAGAAGUAGUCAGUGGAAAUACAUCCUCUAUUCAGAUGGAACCAGUCCCCCUCCACAACUAUUUGACCUUACGCUGGACAAGGAGGAGCUUCACAAUGUGGUUCAUAAAUUCCCUGGCGUGCAGUCGCGUCUGGACAGUCUGUUGCGCAGCAUUGUUGACUAUCCACGAGUCUCUUCAAGUGUUCAUUCAUACAAUAAAAAAGCAUUCGCUAAAUGGCGAUGGGGUUUGGGGAAAAACUACAACCGUGUCAUUGCUGGACUUAGGUGGCAUUUGGACUGGCAAAAAGAUGUGUUAGCUCAUGAGGAAGCUAUUGAUACAUGGUUAAAUGGCAUCUUCUGAACAUUCUAUUAACAGUCAACUUCAAAGGUCUGUUAAUAUGAGCCUUUUUAUUUGAAAAUCUUUAUAAUGUGAUUGUAAAAAUAUAUUUUUGUCUUAAUAAAUAUUUUAAAAACAUGUUUUCAA